AUGGGAGCCGCGUGCUCCUCACCCAGCGACGAGGAGGUGCACACCAGCAACCCACGAGCCAACGGCCGCCAUUCGAUUGCCUACGCUCCGGCUGAGAUCACGUCGCCACGCGGCUCGUGUGAGCCCGCCUCCGCCAAGGGUCCUCUCGACGCCAGCCUUGGAAAUGCCACGCGCCACGGCGUCAGCCCGGGGCCGAGCGGCUCCUCUUACGCCAAGAUCAACCAAGACCGGGGCGUGGCUUACUGGCCGUUCAACUCGUCGCACAACGAGGCCCUCUUCUGCGUCUUCGACGGGCACGGGUGCAACGGCGAGAAGGUGAGCGAGUUUUGUAUGAAGGCCAUCCCCGCCGCGCUCCAGGAGCACGGCGACGAGCUCCGAUCGCACCCAGAGGAGGUGCUCACAAAGGCGGUCUGCUCGGUCGACAAGGCGGUCCUCAAGAAGAACGGCGGGCAGUUUGCGCGCUCGUGCGGCACGACGAGCACCAUCGUCUACAUCAAUGGAUCGACGCUCUGGGCGGCCUGCAGCGGCGACUCGCGCGCCGUCCUGGGCUCGAGCAAGGGCGGCAAGAUCCGCGCCCGGGACCUGACAAACGAUCACAAGCCCGACGGCGAGGGCGAGCUGGAGCGAAUCCUCAACGCGGGCGGCGAGGUGAGUCGCGGCGAGUACGGGCGGCCGGCGCGCGUGUGGGCGGCGGGCAAGAUCGGGCUGGCCAUGAGCCGCUCCGUCGGAGACGGCGAGUGCAAGAAGUACGGUGUGAUCCCCAACCCCGAGGUGCAGCGCUUCGAGCUGGCGGCCGCACCGGACGCCAAGCCGGAGGGGGACGGCGAUCGCUUCGUAAUCGUGGCGAGCGACGGCGCGUGCGAGAUCGUCGCCUCCGAGCCCGGCUCGAUGAGCCGCGGCUGCGCCAAGCUCGUGCAAGAGGCGGCGCUGCGCUGGAAGCGCGAGGAGGGAAACUACCGGGACGACAUCACCGCGAUCGUCGCGCGGCUGCCCUUCGUCUCGAGCGGCGAGGCGCCGACGCUCGAGCUCGGCCUCUCGGGUGGCUCCUUCGAGGGCGAUGCCCUCUACAUCAACAUGGGAGAGCAAGGCCGCCGCAUCUCCGAGAUGGGCGCCGGCGACUCCUCCCCCGCGCCGGAGAAGGCCGGCGACGACUUCCAGAACCGCCGUCUGUCCGUCGCCGCUCGGGACGACGACGAGUGGUCGGACGAAUCGGACCGCGACGGCGAGUGA